AUGUCGACCAUAGUUUCUCAUAGUAAAGUUGUUCAAGUAUGUAAUGUAUCAACAACAUGUCAACGAGAUCAAUUAAAGGCAUUAUUUGCUUUUUUUGGCCGAAUUGAUGAUGUUCAACUGUAUCCCGACAGUGAUACAUUAACAUCAACAAUAAAUGCAAAAGUUGGUUAUGUCAAAUAUGAACGUAAUGAUAGUGUUCAUGCCGCAUUAAAUAUGACAAAUACAAUAUUUAUUGAUAAACCAUUAAUAGUUGCACAAGUUUUUGAAAAUAGUGUACCAGAUGAAACAGAUGCAAUGAUAUAUUGUGCACCACUUAAUCCAAAUAUAACAUUACUUAGUGGUGGACCAACAUGGCCAAGUACAGUUAUUAAUCGACUUGUUGGCCAACCACAUAAUCCUUCAUAUAUUGAAACAGUUGAUCCGGAAUUAACUGAUAGAAAUUUACCAUCAUAUCCACCAUUACCAGGAACAUUAGAUGUUACAAAAGUUGAAGAAAUUCGACGUACAGUUUAUUUAUCAAAUUUAGAUAAAAAUAUUGGUUUGGAUAUUUUACAUGAAUUUUUAUCACAAAUUGGUGAAAUACGAUUUAUUCGAGCGGCUUAUAUUGAUGAAAAUGCUGAAACACGUGGUGCUUAUGUUGAAUUUAGUGAACAACCAUCAAUUCCAAAAGUUCUCUCAAUAAAUGGUUUUCAAUUUUUUGGACGACCAUUACUAGUUAAUCAUGCAACGUCAUGUAUAAUCAAACCAGCAACUGUUCGUGGAUUGAGAAGUGAUGAAGAAGAUAUGCCAUUUAGUCGAUCACGUUCUCGAAGCGCAUCAGCUCGUAAAGAUUCUCCAGUUGGUGAGGAAAGUGAUAAUCAUCGUGAAAAUGGUCGUCGUUCAUCGCGUUCACGACAUCGUUCAUCAUCAAGAUCGAAAUCGCGUAAAAAAUCUUCAAAAUCAGCUCGAUCACCUAAACGUCGUUCAAGAUCAAGAAAACGUAGUCGAUCAAGAUCAUCACGCGAUCGAAAACGUCGUUCACGUUCUCGUGAUCAUCAUCGUAGGAAAAAGGAUUCACGUAAACGUUCACGUUCACGUUCGCGUUCAAAAGGACGUCAUCGUCGUAGUGAAAGUAGUCGAAAAGAAAAAAAGUCUCGACAUUGA